AUGGAUGCUGACACUCUACGUGCUAUUCUCAGUGCUCAAGCCGCAGCUCAGGAGAAGAUGCUACAAGCCGUCAUGAAGGAGAUGCGAGGCAUGUUCUCGUCGAUGACGUCCACAUCGACGACUGCUCACGCCACAUCAGCUGAGUUCGUCACUAACUCACUGUCUGCAGGGCUGCCCGAGUUCACGCACGACUCGGAAAAUGGCUGCACCUUUGACGUCUGGUACAGCCGUUACGAGGACAUCAUUACGCAGGAUGGUGCCACUCUCGACGAAGCAGCAAAGGCACGUCUCAUUGUAUCGAAGCUCGAUGCACCUGCCUACGCCCGCUUCACCAACCAUAUUCUCCCAAGGAAAGCAGCCGAUAUUUCACUGGCGGAGACUGGGAAGACGCUGCAGGAACUGUUUGGGCACAACACAUCAGUCUUCGCCCGCCGUUACGCCCACCUGAAAACCCAGUGCAACGGUGAAAGCCUCCGCGACUACACUGGGCUAGUGAAUCGACGUCACGAAAUGGCAGAAUUCAACGCCAUUACGGCCGAACAAAUGAAGCGCCUUGUCUGGAUCUGUGGCUUGGCAGCACCCGAAUACGCCGACAUUCGUACUCACGCUCUACGCAAGCUGGAGAAUAAUCCUGAAACUACGCUGAGGGAGCUCAGUGCUGAAAUUCAGCAACUUCUAGAUAUUCGACAGGACGUCAAACUUAUGUGCAGCCCACCGACACCAGCUGCACUCCCAUCCGAAAGCAACGCGGUGGAGGCCAAGAAGAGUCAGAACAAAGAGCCGCCUUCGCCAUGCUUCCGCUGUGGAGGACGCCACUGGGCGAAUGAAUGCGACUUCAUCGAAAAACGCUGUCACACAUGCAAUCGCCGCGGUCACAAGAAGGGAUUUUGCAAGAACUUCAACAGGAAGAGAACGUCAACCCUGAAGAAAAAGCGAAAAAGGGCCAACCAAGUCGUCAUCGCCGCUUGCGCCACCGCCGGGAUAGCUCGAAUCAGACGCAUCUACCGGACCGCCAAGAUCAAUAGAGUCUCCACACGCAUGCGCCUCGAUACAGGCGCAGACGUCACACUUCUAAGCCACAAGGACUGA